CGUCGAGACAGUGAGUUUUGUCUGCCGUCAUAAACCAAGCUCGCCGUGCGAUGGAAAACAAAACUAGAGUGGCGGACAAAGCUUUGAUACAAGUGAUCUUACAAGAGUACCGCGAUCGAUCUGCCGAUUCGAUCACGGGCCCAACAGCUAUACGAAAAUACGAAGCAGCUACGGGCAGACAUCGCGUUUGGCCCGGUUUUGCUACAGACAUUGUUAAAAGCAAACGCGACCAUGUUACGUCUAGGAAGCAACUAGACGGUGGCUCGUUCUCGACAGCGCGUUUGCUUGCCCCGUCUGGCGUCGCUGCCGCGCGUAGAAAGCCGAGCAAAGUCAAGCGGACUCUGUUGGAUGGUAUUCCCAUCGCUUGCUUUAACAUCGGAGGGGAGAAGAGGCUUUGUUUCGAACAGCUUAUAGCGGAGGUUUUGAAAGAAUUCAGCCUGAGCGAAGUGAACAACUCGAGGGAUCAUUUAAAAAUAUACUGUCCAAAGUGUGACGAAGAUCAACUGGAGUCGCUGAAGUUAUCGAAGGCCAUUCCUUGGUCCGACUCGUCAUCUCUUCUCAUCACUAAAAGCGAUGCAUACAGACUCUGUAGCGCUCUCCUGACAAACAAAGCACCUCAGCGACACGACAAGAAGUACACAAAACCGUUUCUCGGAGUUUACCACGAGUGCUUCGGCGGCUGCGAAGGUAUCUUCGAGCCUGAAAUCUACAACGAGCCGCACGCGAAAUGCGUUACGUGCUUAGAAUGUUACCGAAUGUUUUCGCCACGAAAGUUUGUGACGCACUGUCAUGCGACGAUGGAAAUACAAACUUGCCAUUGGGGCAUGGACAGCUCAAAAUGGCGAGACUACCUGCUCCUACCAGACGAGAAAGCAGACGAUGAAUUGAUUACGAAAUUGUGGGAGGACGUUAAGAAGAGAUUUUUUGGCACGAUACGAAAACGCAAGCUGUCAAACUCAGAGGCGGAGAGCGUGGCUGAAAGCGAAUGCAGCGAGACUAGCGUACGAAAAAGAAACGUGUUGACGUAUGCUGUGUCUCCGAGUGUCGAGCGUUCCAACGGUACUCCGAGCAGCUCGGUCAGUUCGCCCAGGGAACAUGGUGAAGGGAAUAGACGUUCCGCGUUUCGGCCGUGGUCACCUUUAGAGGAAAAACAUCGCGUUGAAACAUCGAGUGGUAGUAACAGCCACACGCAAAGGGCAUCAAGCCCGAGCCAAAAUCGAUUUGCUCAACCCUCAUCACACCCAAUACAACCCGCGUCACAUUCAGUAGUAACUACAUCACAAACGAUACAACCCGCUUACAUCUCUAGAAACAGCGCAUGUCCACCGCCUGCACCUUAUUCCCCGAUCAACGGCUAUGUACCCCAUUCGACGCCGAUAAAAAGCGAGUACUCGAGCGUAAUAUGUUCACAGGCCGAGGUUGCGCACAGCCCGAAAUCCCGGGACGUUCGAUGCGAAAGCAACUCAAACGAAACGGCAGGGAUCACGCAAGAUUUUGCCUCCCCUGAGCGGGUUAAGCAGGUGCUCUCGAAGUACUGUCACAGAGGACAUCUGCCUUCGGUGGACGAACUGAGUUUUGCGCUCGCAAAAGAGCUGCAGGAAUGGAGCUACGGGCAGUCGCGAGUUCUGGACGAGUUGAAAGAAAAAGGAGAAAAAUUGCGCGAGGAAAUGAACACUCUAAGACGUGAAAACACCUCGAAGCUUGACACAACCUGUGAGGAAUUGAAGUGCUGUCAAGAGAAUCUCGAUCAACUCAACAGAAAACGAGACGAGGAUAUCAAAGAAUUCACCAAAACUCGAGAGGCGCUACAACGGCAGGUGGAAAGCCUGCAGGAACAGCGUUCGUCGGAAUCAGAUAUGGUGAAAAAAUUGAUGAACCAACUCAACGAAAGAGACACACGCUGUCGGCUUUUAGAAAAAGAACUGGACUACAUACGUUCCUGGUAUAUUGCAGGCUCCCAGCCAAAGUACCCCCCGUUUCAGACUCUACCAGUCGCUGUAUACGGGGGGGCUGCUGGACUUCGAGAUAUGUACUGUAAUCAAAGUGCGGUGAUUCAGGAGAUUCCCGUGUUUUCGCGCAACGGCGAGAGUCCUUCUUUGCCGAGCCGAAGUAAACCGGGAGAUCACGAGCGGGAGCCGAUAUCAGGGCAAAAAGAUGACGAUGCCAAAGUAGAGAACGAAAAAGAGUGACUGGAUGUAUAUUUAAUAAAAGUCUAAAAAGAUAUAAUUUAUGGAAACUAAUAUUAGUUAGUCUAAAGAUAUAAUUUAUAAUAUGAUUAUAACCGACUGCGCAACGAAAUGGCGCCUUUUGUCGUGAUGAUAGACAGUAGUUGAACCAUAACAUGUAGUUGAGACAGAACUAACGAUAGCGUCGUUUGAAGUACUAUGUAUAACAGUCUCAACUACAUGUUAUGAAUUGAUAGUGUGUAAAUAUACAAACAUAUUAGCAGAAGUCCGUACAAAAUAUUAUCAUUACAAAGA